UUGACCUACUUUCCACUCUUACAAUUUCUAUCAGUAGUUAUUCGACUACGAAAUGAAAAUCUCUUUCAGGGUUUCUUAAGAGAUUGUAUCGUGAUUGAUUAUGUAAUAUCACAUUACGACUCCACUUUAUUAUUUUGUGAAUUUAGGUAAUUGCAUAAUUGUUUGAUCAUAAACGAAUUAUUUCUUCACUUUUCCACUGUUUAAGACGUUUUUCACGACUCAUCGCUAUUUCUUCUUUUUUUUUUAAACACCACUAAAUUAUGGACUUGGAUAAAGCUGCGUAGUCUCGUAGACUUCACUCAUUUCUUGCUUGCUAAAUGAUUAAUGUUUGUUUGUCGAGUCCGUCUGAUGAACAUUACCCGAGCAGGUGCAUCCUGAGAAUUGCUCAAAUAAUACAAUUUUUUAGGACAUCAUUCGAAAAAGGGAUCUAUGCUACAUUAUCAAGAAACUGAAUGAAAAAUGCUAAUGUAUUAUAACAUUCGUUUUACAUUUUUUUUCUUAAUCGUGAUUAAUCCGAAUAAUUCAAAGUCAUCCGAAUGUAGUCAUGUUCGGUAUCAUUUUCAUUGGUAAAACCUCAGCAAUCUGAUCAAAAUAGUUUCAUAAUCAUAAGGUAAAAAACAAAUUCUAUUUUUCUUCAUACAAUGACUUGGUAACUUAACACCAUCGAUUACGAAUUAGAUAACACGGACGAUCGCUUCGAGCGAGCUCCAAGCGGGUCAAUUCCAGGUAAUGGUGGGGAUGACCCUGUGAAUAUUAACCGAACAAAAAGAGAGAACAUUAACUGAAUAUUACGUAUAUAUGUUUGAAAAUAGAACUAUCAACCUUAACAUUAACUAUCCAAUUAAUAUCAGUUCAUGCUUAUUUUUCCCCUAACUUGCUCAUUGUAUGUAUUGUAUAUGUAUUAUCGUAUGAAUAUGAAAUUUAGUGUGUUAUUCUAGGAAUAUUCAACAUAUAGGAUAUGCGAAAUAUUUUCUUCUUUUAACAAGAUGAAAUACACAAAUAGGUAAAGUGUCUUACCAUUUUGUCCGGCACUCUAUAUUUAUAUUUAACACGUUGAAUGUCAUGGGGGUCACCGAUGACUGGCACUCAACUUGGCCGUGGCCCCGUGAGGGUCACCGGUGACCGGCGCACCAAGAUUAGUAAAAAUACAUAAUGGGAAGAAAUGUCAAUAGUUAUAAAUUGUUUAUUAUUAUCACCGUUACUACAAUGGUGUGACGAAAUGAAUGCAGUAUAGAACAUAUAAAAAUAGUUUUAUUUAUACAUGAAAUAUAGAUCUAUUAUGUGCGCCCCCACCAGUGGCUAUCGAACAUGGAAAAAAACCCGCUUUUUCCAUGUUUUACCUUAAUGAACAAUAACCCUAAGGAACGUUUCGACUUGAAAGAUGUUUGAUGGCAAUUAAGGGGCUUGCCAGUAAGGUAAAAAAUGCUAAAUCUUGUGACGGUUCUUUAGGAUUAUUGCGGGUCCGAAUAAGUACGACCGAGGAAUGGAUUACGGUUUAUGGUAGAUCCUAGGACGUAACAGCAUAGAACAAUUAUUUAGCAACGCGAAGAAACAAUAUGAGAUAAUUGAUAAGCGCAAAAAUUAAGUGAAUCGUGCGAAAUUGCACUACAGCGCCAUGGGGGUCACCGGUGACCUCAGUGAGAUAAAUUCAUUAAUGAUGAUUAUACACCGUAACAUAUCUCUUGUAGUCUAUUGUCAAAUGAUAAGCAGCAAGUUGUAUGAAUGUUUCUUGAAUCUUUUUAUAUUACUCAUACCUACCUAAAAACAUAAAGAUGCAGUGGUUAAAUAGUCAAAGAUUGCUUAAAGCAGUGAAAAGGAUUAAUUCACUAAAUAACCGUAAUGCCAGCAGCAAUUGCAAGAUUGUUUGUAGUUCUGAUAUAGAAGUGGCAAAAAAAAAUGGGCUGCCAAUUGUAGCCUUAGAAUCAACAAUCAUUACUCAUGGAAUGCCUUAUCCUGAUAAUUUGAAGACGGCCAUUCAAGUAGAAAACACUGUUAGAAAAAAAGGUGCUAUACCUGCAACUAUAGGAAUUUUAAAUGGACAGAUACAUGUUGGUUUGAACGAUGAACAACUACAAAUACUAGCUAAAUCAGAUUCUACUAAAACUAUUAAGUGUUCACGUAGAGAUAUAUCAACAGUUGUUGCCCAAAAACUAAAUGGAGGAACAACUGUUAGUGCAACAAUGUUAAUUUCAAAUUUAUUAGACUUGCCUAUAAUGGCAACAGGAGGCAUUGGUGGUGUUCAUCGUGGUGCAGAAAAGAGUUUCGAUAUUAGUACUGAUUUACUAGAGCUUGGGCGUACUCCUGUAGCUGUUGUUUGUUCUGGUGUUAAAUCUAUAUUAGAUAUUGAAAAGACAUUAGAAUAUCUGGAAACACAAGGAGUUCCAGUUAUAAAAAUUGGUGAAACAAACUAUUUUCCUGCAUUUUACUGCACUGAAUCAUUACAAAAGACAAAAGUGCCACAUAGAGUAUCAAAUUCAGAAGAAGCAACAAAGAUUCUUAAAGCACAAAGGGAAUUAGGUCUUCAAACAGGAUUAUUGUUUGCGGUCCCUAUUCCUACAGAAUAUGCAUUAGAUUCAAAAGAAAUGGAAUUGGCUAUAUGUAAUGCUUUAGAAAAUGCAAAAAGUAAAAAUGUAAGUGGAAAGAAUGUCACACCAUUUUUGCUAGAAGAAUUAAAUAAGGUUACACAUGGUCAAUCUCUUCGAGCUAAUAUGGCACUCAUAGAAAACAAUGCAAGUGUUGCAGCAGAAAUUGCAGUGAAUUUGGCUAAGAAGUGUUUUCAGAGCUCUGUCAACGAUAGUACUUCCAAGUGUAUUCUGACAUCAGAAAGAAAUCCAAUUGUAAUUGGUGGAGCUAUAAUGGAUACAACGUUGCAAGUGAAGGAAUCCGAGAUAAAAGACGAUGGUAGAACGCAUGCCGGUAGAAGCCGAGAAAAUUGUGGCGGGGUCGGACGAAAUAUCGCCAACGCCUUGAUCAACCUUGGUCUGAACGCUACACGGUUAAUAUCCGUCGUUGGUAACGACCAGCCUGGGAAAGCUAUAAUUAAAAGUCUAGGAGAUGGUGCCCAGACUGUGGAGCAGUUGUCAAAUAUGAACACGGCUAGAUGUACCGUGAUCAUCGAUUACAAAGGCGAAUGUCGGUUCGCAGUCGGUGAGAUGGAAGUGUUCUCUAGUAUCAGCCCGCAUUUGGUGAAGAAAUACCAAUCGUACGUGGAGAAUUCGAGUUUCAUCGUUCUUGACGGUAAUCUACCUCUAGAUACGAUUCGAUACGUAUUGGAUCUUGCAACGUGCUCAAAAAUUCCAGUUUGGUAUGAACCCACGGAUGUGAACAAGGCAACUAAAGUAUUUAAAGCAAAAUCACAAUGGCAAAAUGUUUUGCAUUUUAUAUCACCAAAUAGAAAUGAACUAUCAGCUAUUGGGAAAUAUCUUGGCAUAUCGGUACCUGACAACAAAUUAUCUAUAGACUUAGAAGAAGUAAAAACAAUUGCAGAGCAAGUAGCUGAAUUUAUCCCAGUGGUUAUAAGUACACUAGGAUCACAAGGAGUAUUGGUCGUUCGUAAAGCCCUUGGAAAUGAUCCCUUUUACGAUAAAGAAGGAAAAUUGGUUGCUCAUACUAUGGUCACUUCUCGCCUAUAUCCCCCCUUAUCUUUUAUUUCUGAUGAUCCAAAAGAAACAUACAAUGUGAGUGGUUGUGGUGACUGUCUUACUGCUGGAAUAAUUUAUGGAAUUCAUAAAAAUUUAGAUGAAACCAGCUGUCUUUCCUUAGCUCUAAAGGCUGCUGCACUUUCUUUAACUUCAUUAGAUGCAGUCCCCGCUUCACUUUCAUUAUUAUGCAAUGAUGCACAAUGUUGAUAAAUAUUAAACAUUGGAAAUUAUAUAUUGGUAUAAAAUACUUUAAUUAUAUAUAAUAUAUAUUUUUAUAAGAUUGAGAUUAAAUGUGGACGGAUAGAUUUUAAUAAAUAAUUAAUAACUACAUAAUUAUAA